AUGCUGUUCUCACCACGGGUAGCCCUGAGGGGUGUUUCCAGGAUUCGGACAUUCUCAACCACCAACAGACUCCUCCGAUCCGACCUCUCUUUCCAGGUCUUCGGACCGGAAAAGGACAAACCAACCCGAAGUCCAAUUGUCUUCCUGCACGGCCUUUUCGGCUCGAAGCAGAAUAACAGGAGCAUUAGCCGGGCCUUGGCACGUGAUCUGAAGCGUGAGGUGUAUAUAGUGGACCUCCGAAACCAUGGGAACUCAUUCCAUGAUCCAGAGCAUAACUACCCUGUUAUGGCUGAUGAUGUGGCCGAGUUCAUCCAUGAAAACGACUUGAGCAAGUGUGUCCUCAUCGGUCAUUCAAUGGGCGCCAAAGCCGCCAUGACUGUUGCUCUCAACGCCCCCGAGCUUGUCUCGGCUCUUAUCCCGGUUGACAACGCCCCGGUGAAUUCUCCCCUGCGGACCGACUUCGGCAAAUACGUUCGGGGAAUGCAGCAUAUCGAGUCUGCCAACGUAACGAAGCAAUCAGACGCCGAUAAGAUUCUUCAAGACUAUGAAGAAUCCAUGCCCAUUCGCCAGUUCCUGCUCACCAACUUGGUCCGCUCUCCAGAGGACCAGACGAUGAAAUUCCGCGUCCCACUAGCCACGUUGGGUGACGCCCUCAAGGGCAUGGGCGAUUUCCCGUUUCCUGAACCCGGCUCUGUUCAGUAUCCGGGACCUACGCUGUUUGUUCGUGGAACGAAGAGUCGCUAUAUAUCUGAUGACACCUUUCCGGCGAUUAAGGCGUUCUUUCCUGAUUCACAGGUUGCUGAUGUCGAGGCAGGGCAUUGGCUUAUUUCGGAGAAUCCGGAGGCGUUUAGACAGACGGUUGUGGGAUUUUUGCAAGAAACGGCAUAG